AUGGCUAUACUGACUAAAACAAUACCUGAGUGGCUUAAGGAUGUGCAUAAUAAACGUCUUUCUACUGCCAGUUCUGCUGAAAAUUUCAAGUUUCACAAAUUAAGAAUAAGGCAUUUGUCUGGGCCAGGCACUUUCCCAGAAAAAGAUGAUGCAUUGGGACAGGGCGGAGUACUUUACUGGAUGUCACGUGAUCAACGAGUUCAGGAUAACUGGGCUUUUAUUUAUGCACAACGUCUGGCAAUUAAAUUCAAAGUCCCACUGCAAGUAUGUUUUUGUUUGAUUCCUGCUUACCAAGCUGAUACUUUGAGACAGUUUGCAUUUAUGAUUGGUGGACUGACUGAAGUAGAACAAGAAUGUCGUUCAUUGAAUAUCCCAUUCCAUUUGUUGAUUACCUCCAAUCAAAUUGAUAGACCUGAAGAUGUAUCUUCUGUAUGCAAGCACAGAUGGUCCGAUGAAAAUGCUCGAUUUAAUCAAACUGAUCAAGUAGAAAAAAACUUUCUUUAUGAAACGUAUGUUGCAAAAUCGAUUGUUGGUUUGGCAAAACUAUUGAAUGUUGGAUGUUUGGUCACAGACUUCUGUCCUUUAAGAGCACCUCGUUCAUGGAUAAAAAAAAUUAUUGAUGAACUACCUAAUAAUAUCCCUUUUUGUGAAGUUGAUGCCCAUAAUAUUGUUCCAGUUUGGUGUGGAUCAGAAAAACGAGAGUAUUCUGCUCGAACUAUCAGAUCAAAACUAUUUGAACAAUCUCCGAAGUUUCUAACAGAUUUCCCACCUAUUAUUAAACAUACUUGUUCAAGUGAAGCUACUGUCCUUCCUCCGCCUGUUAAUUGGGAGUUAAUUUUAUCUAAUUAUGUUGGUGACAAAAGUGUGAAACCUGUGGACUGGGCUGUACCUGGAACCCGAGCUGGUUUAGAAGUUCUAUAUGAAUUUAUCGGCAAACGUUUAAAAAAAUUCGAUCCUCAUAGAAAUGACCCUGCUCAUCCAGCUCUUAGCGGAUUGUCACCUUGGUUACAUUUUGGUCAAAUCGCUCCUCAGCGUGCUGUUCUUGAAGUAGUUGCUGUUCAAAAGCACUUUGGACGGUCGGCCGAUAUCUUCAUUGAAGAAUGCUUUAACAGAAGAGAGUUGGCCGAAAAUUUUUGUUUCCAUACACAUUCCUAUGAUUCGAUUAAAGGUGCACUUGACUGGGCACGUGAAUCACUUAUGACACACUCAACAGAUAAACGAGAUCCAGCGUACAGUAAAACUCAGAUGGAAACUGCCCAAACUAAUGACGAUCUAUGGAAUGCAGCACAACGUCAAUUAGUGCUCAAGGGCAAGAUGCAUUGGUUUCUGCGCCAGUACUGGGCCAAAAAGAUACUUGAGUGGUGCGCAGAGGGUCCAGAAUCGGCUAUUCAAAUAGCAAUAUACUUAAACGAUCGUUACAGUUUAGAUGGGACAGACCCAAAUGGAUACGUUGGUAUUAUGUGGGCAAUAUGUGGUGUUCAUGAUCAAGGCUGGCCUGAACGACCUAUUUUUGGUAAAAUACGAUAUAUGAACUAUAAAGGAUGUUUACGGAAAUUUUCUGUUCCUACAUUUGUAUCACGGUACCCCGAAAAAUUGGGUUAA